CUGGGUAUUGCAGGCAGGUCUUUCUGAGCUUCAGUCCCCUCUGAGCCCUCCCUGCCCUGGCCCCCACACUCUUACCCCUUGCCCCCUCUCCAUUGUACCUGUGUUCCCUCGGGGCUGCAGACUCACCUUCCAUCCCACCUGCCCUGUAGGAUGCUGCAGCUGAGCCUGUCCUGGCUGGGAAGGAGCUUGGGGGCCACCUCCCCGUGGCUGCUCCUGCUGCUCAUCGGUGCCUCGGGGCUCCUGGUCUGCAUCCUACCACAGGCCUGCGCUUUCUACAACAAGUGUCGCCGGCUCCGAAGUUUCCCACAGCCUCCGAAACAGAACUGGUUGUUCGGUCAUCUGGGGCUGAUCACCCUCACAGAGGAGGGCCUGAGGAUCCUGACCCAGCUGGUGGCCACCUUCCCCCAGGGCUUUGUUUACUGGAUGGGCCCCAUCAUCCCUAGCAUCGUGUUGUGCCACCCUGACACCAUCCGGCCUAUCCUGAAUGCCUCAGCUGCCAUUGCACCCAAGGAUAUUGUCUUCUACAGCUUCCUAAAACCAUGGCUGGGGGAUGGGCUUGUGGUGAGUGCUGGUGACAAGUGGAGCAGACAUCGCCGCAUGCUGGCACCCACCUUCCAUUUCAACAUCCUGAAACCCUAUGUGAAGAUAUUCAACAAUGCUACAAACAUCAUGCUUGUAAGUGCCUUCAGCCUAGGGUGCCAGGUGGAAUCUUGGGGGGAAUGAAGGCUCCGGAGCCAUCAUUCUCUGUUCCUUAGCCUCGCUUUGCUCAU